ACCAAAAUCAUCAUAAGUUUUAUCUUUUGCUAGGUCAAUUCGCUCAAAAGGUCACUGCACCCAGUCCAUACGUUUUCUCUCUAACUCUAUUUCUAGGUUUUACAUAUUCAGCACUAAUAUCAAAAUUUGCUUGUAACUUAAACAGACAUAGCCAUGGUUAUUCAAAAGUGGUUACUCUUUCUGUUUCUGCAUUUACAUUUACAUGUUCUCAAUAUUGUAGCGCAGCUGCCUGAUUUAGAUUUUGGUUCAUGUGGUGAGAAUGGUAACUAUACUGAGAAUAGUACCUACAAGAACGAUCUAAACACACUCCUCACUUCCCUUCCCUCAAAAAUAGAUGACUAUGGUUUCUACUAUGAUUCCAUCGGCGAGGUCAGUGGUAUUAUGCUAUGUAGAGGAGAUGUGAAGCUAGACGAUUGCCGCGUUUGUGUCUAUAACGCUGCUCAAAAACUUGUACAGCUAUGUCCUAUCCAAAAAGAAGUUCUUGGUGGCUAUGAUGAAUGUUUGUUGCUUUACUCGAAUAAUCAAUCCAUUAUAGAAACUCCAUCAUUGUCUGUUCGAUAUUUUUUUUCGAAUACUGCGAAUGCCUCAAAACCCAAGGAAUUUAACCAGGAGCUAAGACAAUUAUUGGAAAAUUUACGAGACCGUGCUAUAAAUGGUGGUCCCUUUCGAAAAUAUGCUAGUGGUAAUGUGACAGAUUCAGAUUUCCAGACUAUAUAUGCACUUGUGCAGUGUACUCCUGAUUUAACUCCUCGUAAUUGCUUCAAUUGCUUAACUGACGCUUAUGGUUACAUACCUCAAUGUCCUUGCGUGGGGAAUAUCGGUGGAAGAAUAAUUGGGCCUAGGUGCAACUUCCGUUAUGAAAUUUACCGUUUCUUCGCUGAUGUGUCGUUGGAAGCUCCGCCACCUACAGGAAAUGAUGAUAAAACGGCUCCAACAGGGAAUGAUAAUACAGCUCCAAUAGUGCAGGAUAAUAAAAAAGCUAGACUCGUCAUUAUUAUCAUUGUGCCAACUGUUAUAGUUGUUAUUCUUACUGUAUGUAUUUCUGUCAUCUUAAUGAAGAAGCGAAAGAGGAAGCUGGUGGACAUAAUUCAAGGUAAGAUAGCGUAUAGUAUUUAUAUGAUUAAGGAAAGUAGAAUUUUCACUCUAUACUCUAUUUGUUAUCACUACUACUACUUUGGUGAAGGUACACUUGGGGAUGAUACUAGCGAUGUAGAAUCGUUGCAGUAUGAUUUUUCUAUAAUUAGAGAAGCAACAGAAAACUUCUCAAAUGCUAAUAAAUUGGGACAGGGAGGAUUUGGUCCUGUGUAUAAGGGUAAGCUUCAAAAUGGACAAGAAGUAGCAGUGAAAAGAUUGUCAGCAGAUUCAGGCCAAGGUGAUCUAGAGUUCAAAAACGAGGUCUUGUUGGUUGCCAGGCUUCAACACAGGAAUUUGGUUAGAUUACUCGGAUUUUGCCUUGAUGGAACAGAGAGACUUCUUGUCUAUGAAUUUGGUCCCAAUGCAAGCCUUGACCAAUUUUUAUUUGAUCAAGUUAAACGUAGCCAACUGGACUGGGAAAGGCGAUCCAAAAUCAUAGGAGGCAUAGCUAGGGGAAUUGUUUACCUUCAUGAGGAUUCUAGACUUCGCAUCAUUCAUCGUGAUCUCAAAGCUGGUAAUGUUCUACUUGAUGCAGAGAUGAAUCCUAAAAUUGCAGACUUUGGCAUGGCAAGACUAUUUACAUUGGAUGAAACUCAAGGCAACACAAACAGAAUUGUUGGGACUUAUGGGUAUAUGGCUCCAGAAUAUGCAAUGCAGGGGCAAUUUUCAGUGAAAUCAGAUGUUUAUAGCUUUGGAGUACUAGUCCUGGAAAUUAUAAGCGGUCAACGAAACAUUUGUUCCAGAAAAGGAGAUUCAGUGGAAGACCUUCUGAGCGUUGCUUGGUUGAACUGGCGCGAAGAAACAGUUUCAAAUUUGAUUGACCCUAUUCUGAGGGGAAGCUCAGGACUUGUUGGUGACAUAGUGAGAUACAUCCACAUUGCUUUAUUGUGCGUUCAAGAAAAUGUUGCUAAUAGACCAAACAUGGGUGAAGUACUUCUCAUGCUCAGUAGUCACUCUUUGAGUCUUCCAGUUCCACACAACCCACAGAUUUUACACUUUGGAGAUGUCAAUUCAACAAUUUCCGAGUCCAGCAAAAUAACGGAUAGUAAAUCAAUAUGUUCUUCAGGAAAUCAGGAUUUGAUAACUGAGUUGCAUCCUCGAUAAAACAUCCAUACAUACAUCAUUCAUUUUUAGGGGUGGUGUAAACACGGGAUGCAAAUAUGUUUUUACUUAAUGGAUUUUCUUAUUUACUUUGCUAUUUGUUCGAACCCCAGUUAGGGGUUCUUGCGAUUGAUUUAUCAAUGAUUUCUUUUGUUGUUGGACUAAUUUGCUAGUACUUAUUGAACUUGUAAAAGUGGUGUAAUUUUUCAAUAGUAAUGGUGAUGUAUUUCUGCCUCUAUUUAUUGAGACGGCUAAGCUGAAA